CGCGUCAGGGUGAGUUUCCCCGGCGCGCGGAGGGGAACCUCGCGUAGCGCCUUUAAAGACUGGACGGGACUUUCCUUCAUCAACUUCAUUCACACGCGCCCCGCAGAAAGAGGCUCAAUAGGAGAAAGAAGCGGCUCAGCGAAGUGUGCAGUGAACGAGGCUGAAGUGGAGCGCAGACCGUGACUGCGCAACCCCUCCUCCAUCUCCAUCUCUCUCUCUCUCUCUCUCUCUCUCUCUCUCUCUCUCUCUCGCUCACUCCCUCUCUCUGGGGACAUUUAGCCAGAUUUGUGGCUCCAGUUCAGCACGAGUCUUCAGCGGCAUCACACACACGGCGCUGGGACUGAAGCGGACCCCCAAGCAGAGCGUGAUGAUGAAGCCGUCGUCGGUGGUGCUGGUGAACUCCAGGUGGUCGUUGCUGCUGUUGCUGGUGGUCGCGUGGCUCGCGCUCUCGGCGCGCGCGGACUGUGGCGCGGACUGCGCGCGCUGCUCCGGGCGCCUGGGGCUUCAGCAAACGCACAUCAGCUCCAUAGCGUGUGUGUUGCAGUGCGAGGGGCGUCUGAAUGUUGGCAACUCUUGGGGCUUGUGUCAAGGUCUCCUGCAGGCCACCGAAAGCACACCUGAGGCAGAGCAGGUAACAGAAGAAAAUGAGCCCCAACAGCAACACCAGGAGGAGAAAAAGUAUGGUGGCUUCAUGAAGAGAUAUGGCGGCUUCAUGAAGCGUUACGGAGGCUUUAUGAAACGAUACGGAGGCUUCAUGAAGAAGGCGGCGGAACUCUACGGCCUGGAGCCAGAUGACAUCGACCAUGGCCGAGAAAUCCUUUCCAGCAGUGAUGUUGAGGUGCUGGCCAAUCAGGUGGAAGAUGACAGCGGGAAGGAGGAAGCUGCAAUCAGGGACUUUCUUAAUGCGAGGGGAGGGGCUGCAGGGUUAGAGGGCAUGGCUAAGCGCUAUGGCGGAUUUAUGAGGAGAGGUUAUGACCCUGAGGCUCAGAGGUUACUACAGAAACGGUAUGGGGGCUUCAUGAGGCGAGUGGGCCGGCCAGAGUGGGCGGAGGAGAGCAAACGCUACGGAGGAUUCCUCAAACGCUCCCCACAGGAGGACGAAGAGGAGGAGGAGGAGGAAGAAGAGGAGUCGUCAGAGAUGGAGAAGAGAUAUGGGGGUUUUAUGGGAUUUUAAAUUCCUUGCAGACUUUGAUUAGCCAUUAACUGUCGUGUUCUGUUCCACUCUGUCCUCCAACUUGUAGACGUUACUCUAUGAUCACAGCAGAAAUAAAAAAGAAACAUGCUUACAGUCCCAACACCGUGUUUAUGAUUUGUUCAUAAAGUCCACAUAGUGCUAAAUAUGUAUUAAAAACAUGAACAAGAUGCACUCAAAGAGUAAAUACAGUGGCUUAUGGUGGGUAACAGGAUUUAUUUUUGACAGAUGCAAGCCUGUGUAACAGAAUUAAGACAAUAAUAUGAUGAUAAUAAUAGUCAUUUCCGUUAUUAUCUCUCUGGUCUGCCCAUUGCUCCAUUUGUCCAUUUGUUCCUCUUUCCUCAGCCUCACCACAGUUAAAGACUUUUGCGCCAAAUUCAGUUAGCUACUGAUCCAGUGACAGAACGAGGUAUGGCAGCUGAAGAGGGUAAACACAUUGUUUAUUUGUCCACAACAGAGUGAUUUCCCCCCCUCGAUGCCUGUAUUUCUCAUAGUCUGUUGUUCUGAUGUCAGUCUGAAUUUGUCGUAUGCUGUACAGCUUGAAUAAACUGCUCGAAACUGCA